AUGGUCAUUUGCGAUGCUUGCGAGAAGACAUUCAAAACAAAGCACGCAGUUCGAAUUCACCGCAUCACCUGUGCUGCUGUGCAAGCAGACCUUGAAAAUGUCUGCAAGCCGCUUGAUGUUGACCGGGAUACUGGAAGUGCGAAGCGUGUCAAGAUUGACACCACCGUUAAUCAUGAACUCAAUAAGGAUGCCGAAUGGGAGGAUGUUUCUAUGACCUACGAGAAUAUCGACGACGGUGUUAUUUUGCCUCCAAGAUCUGAUCCCCCUGACCCAUUUCCUGAGGGGUUUGUCCCUCCUCCUACGCGUUUGGGACGUGUACGUAAAUAUCCCAAAAAACAUGUUGACUUUUUACCCAACUCGUCGACCCGUAUACCUCAUAUGCCUCCCCCCAUUCCUCGAGUCCGACGAUCUGCUCCAAAGCCUGUUUCUCCACACGAACUAACUCCGGAGCCGGCUCCUUCUUUUGAACCCACCGUAACACGCACUCUGCCCAACGAGUUUGGUUUGUACCGGGAAUAUCCAACUUUUCCCAGACAGGAGGUUGAUGACUUCGAGGAACUCGACAAUCUUUGCAAUGCACCUGGCUUGGCGACCUCUAUCCCAAAGGAAUCAAGUUCUCGGAUUGCCAAGGUUAUGGGAAUAUCCCUAGACAAAGCUUCUGUGUCCAACCGCUUUGCGCCUUUCUUGAAUGCUACGGUUUUUCGCCUUAUGCAUUGGUUCUAUGGCAAUACUACCCUGAAAUCCGUGGGUGAGCUUGAUCGCUUGGUCCGGGAGGUUCUGCUUGCCGAGGAUUUCUGUGUCAAAGAUUUGGAGAACUUUAGUGCGAAACGGGAACUCGCUCGCAUGGACAAUGCGACUUCCGCACCCGAAAGUUCACAAUCAACGUUCAGACAGGAAGCAGGCUGGAUCAAUGCAACUGUCAAAAUACCUCUUCCUUGCGAGCAGUCGCUACACCCUUCCGAGGAUGCAGCACCAGUCCUUGAGGUACCAAAUGUCUAUUAUCGGAGUUUGGUAGGCACGAUCAAGGCCGCCCUUCAGGAUGAAAGCGCGGAAUCAUGGCAUUUCACACCGCAUCAUCUUUUCUGGAAGCCAUCGCCCUCGAGUCCACCAGAGCGCGUCAUUACGGAGAUCUACAACUCCGACGCAUUUUACGAUGAAUAUGUCGAUCUUUGUAAACAGCAGAAUCAGGAAGCGCAACUUAGCGAUACCCACGAAAUUGCUAUUGUUGCGUUGAUGCUGUGGUCAGACUCGACCCAGCUUGCUAACUUUGGCAACGCAUCACUCUGGCCGUUAUACCUGCUAUUUGGCAAUCAAUCAAAGUACGUACGUGCGAAUCCCAAUAGCUUCUCAGCGCACCACAUUGCGUAUUUACCAUCGCUGCCCAAAACCCUACAAGACAUCUAUAUGAAAGCUUACAACGGUCUGACAGCAACGGCAGCAACAAUCACCCACCUAAAGCGGGAGCUGAUGCAUGCCGUAUGGCUCAUUCUUCUCGACGAGGAAUUCAUGGAAGCCUACGAACAUGGCAUCAUUAUUAAAUGUGCCGAUGGUGUCAUACGUCGUGUGUUUCCCCGGUUUUUUACAUACUCCGCCGACUAUCCUGAGAAAGUCCUUCUUGCCACCAUCCGCUACCUCGCAAAAUGUGUCUGUCCUCGGUGCUUUAUUCAGAAGCGCUGGGUAAGUGGACUUGGAACUCAUGUUGAUCAACAGCGGCGCUCGCACAUUCGCAAAGACGAUCAGCAACGGCGCGACAGGGUUGAGAAUAGUCGAAAGUGGAUCUUCAAACAUGGAAAGGGGGUCAAAAGCACACGUGUCGAAGAUAUCCUUCAGGAUACGUCGGCCGUCCCAACACGGAAUGCAUUCUCAACACGUCUUUCAAAAUUUGGAUUCAAUUUUCAUACCAUGUUUGUACCUGACUUCCUACACGAGUUCGAACUUGGUGUUUGGAAGUCUUUCUUCACGCAUAUGAUGCGUAUUCUUCUGGCCGCUGGUGGCAACUGUGUUCAGCGUCUCAACUGGAGAUAUCGCAAAGUGUCUACGUUUGGCCGAAGCACAAUACGCCGUUUCCACCGCAAUGCAUCGGACAUGACCAAGCUUGCAGCCCGAGAUUUUGAAGACUUACUUCAGUGCUCCAUGCCAGUCUUUGAAGGCCUCCUUCCUCCGGCGCAGGAUAAAUUUAUUCAAGACAUUCUCUUCACAUUCUGUGAAUGGCACGCGCUCGCCAAGCUUCGCAUGCAUACCAACUCCACGCUUACAGGACUUGGUGUCGCCACUCGUCAACUAGGCAAGGAGCUCAGAUCUUUUGUCUCUAAGAUCUGUCCGCUGUACGCAACCAAGGAACUACCAAAGGAGACCGCUGCCCGCGCCCGUCGUGCCGCCAAUAAUGCAAAGAAGGGCAAGCCCACCGCUCCUGGGUCUCUGAAUGCGAAGGUUUCCAAAAUGCUGAACCUCUUCACGUAUAAGCUUCACGCUCUCGGAGAUUAUGUCAAGACUAUCUGGAUGUUUGGCCCAACAGAGGGUUAUUCUACUCAACGGGGCGAAUUGGAACACCGUCGCGUCAAACGGUUUUUUGUACGCAGCAACAAGGGGUCUCAGUUUGAGCGCCAAAUUUCUCGUCAUGAGCGUCGUGAGCAGUUGCUCCGCUCUAUUGCUGCACGGGUUUCAAGACUGGAAGAAAGUGAGGCUAGCGAAAAGGCCAAUUCAACUUCAAAGGAUAAGCAGGCCACUGCACAGCCGUCCAAGAAGCGUCCGAGGGCUUCGCGUGUUAAGAAAUCGUAUAUCAAACCCCCACACAUCGUCUCAGCUUCGGAAUCUGAGAGUCUCCCUCCUAUCUCACCGUCCGAGCACCAUCAAAUAUCGACCAGCAAGCGCCAUAAACUGUAUUUGUUUCAGUUUAUGAACGAAUACUGUGAUGACCCAGCAGUUACGGAGGACUUUGUUUCUAACCUCGAAGAUCAUAUAUUAUCUCGAAUACUUGGCCAUUCGAAUACAGGACAAGUCCGUACAUAUUCAGACCAAGAGCGCGCACAGGUGAACAUCCUUAGCGACCGAAUUUACUUGCACAAAGUCCUGCGAGUCAACUAUACAACUUACGACGUACGACGCGAGCAAGAUUCUAUCAAUCCUCGGAACCAUUGUAAUAUCAUGACUCUCUCUCGGGACGGGGACUCAGGUCGCUCUAUGGCCCACCCUUAUUCGUAUGCUCGAGUUCUUGGUAUCUUCGACGCUGACAUACAGCAUAACGGAGGUAAAACACAACGUUUUGAAUUUCUGUGGGUAAGAUGGUUUGAAGUCGACUAUGCCUUUCGUGCGGGGUGGACUGCACGCCGAUUAGACCGACUCAAGUUCAUUGAUUCGGAUUCCCCGGAUGCGUUUGGCUUCCUCAACCCCUCCGAUAUACUCAGGGCCUCACAUAUUAUUCCGGCAUUUAAUUUGGGGAUGACUGACUCCCUUCUUCCCCCCUCCAUUGCUCGGCAAGCCUACUGGGAAGAUGACAACUAUCCAGACCACGACUGGAAUUUCUAUUAUGUUAACCGUUUCGUGGAUCGUGACAUGUUUGUACGCUAUCUAGGCUACGGUAUUGGCCACAAGGGCACCAACGAGUACACGCGAAGCAUGCGACCGUGGUAUUUUGGUUCCUACUUCAACCUCAGUGAUGAAGAACCUUUAGAUGACGAAGAAGAAGUUGAUUUACCCGUUACAGCUGAGCAAGAGGCUGCCAUGAACGCUUCAGAGUCUGAAAACAGUGACGAGUCAGAGAAAGAAGAUCAAGAUGAGGAGAACGAUGAAGGUUUUGUGGGAGAAGAUGGGGAGGAGCCCUGGGAUAUGGAUGAUACAGAAGCCGUGGGUUUUGCAGAGUUUUAA